AUGGCUCACUUUGAUGACGACGAUUUUGAUGUUGUUGACACCGGUGCAUCUGCUACAAAACCACAACAGUGCAGUUCUCUGCGAGUGAACGGUUUUGUGGUCAUGAAGGGUCGCCCCUGUCAGAUCACAAGCAUGUCAGUUUCCAAGACGGGCAAACAUGGAGCUGCCAAAGUGCACUUGGUUGGUGUUGAUAUAUUCACAGGAAAGAAAUAUGAACUACAAGAUUCCUCUACUGCAACGAUUGCCGUCCCAAAUAUAUCGAGGAAGGAAUACCAACUAAUUGAUAUUAAGGACAAUUUUCUGUCGCUUAUGGGAGAUGACUUGUCUGUUCGUGAGAACAUUCCACUGCCAGAAGGCGAAGUAGGUAAAGAAAUAAUGGAAAAAUGGGAGAACAAGGGAGACGAAGAUGUUGUCACGUUGGUCGGGUCAACUGGUCAAAAGAAACCAGGUGUCAGUGAAAUGACGGAACGGCAAUUCACUCCCUACAUUGUUGUGAGCGAUGGGCUGUGCACUUUAAAGGACAUUACAGCUGGUCUUCUACAGCAUAAUCGCUGGGAGAAUCCAGCGGGACUGAAUUGA